CUGACAAAAUAUUGCAUGCCAAUAUGCCAUACAUAUAUACUACAUUAUUACUCAUCGUUUUCCCUUUUCUUUCAUUUAUCUGAUUUAUUUAUUUAUUUGUUUGUUUGUUUCUUUGGCUAUCUGAUAUCUCUCUUUAUUCAUUAUCAUCUGAUACCUUUCUUCAUUCCUAACUAAUUAACUCGUGAAUCUCAGAUCGAAGGUGGCAUUUAGAUGGACAGUUGAACGAGGUGUAACUCCAAAAAUAAAUACACACAUUGUUACUUCAACAUCAUAUAAGGUGGAGACGAAUGUAGCAUGGCAGCAACAAAAGUUGGUGAAGUUGUGCAAGGACAAGAACAUUCAUGUCGCGGCUUGGCCUCCUCUCGGAGCAAACGGUGCGCGUUCUGGGGCACCCUCGCGGUUAUGGAAAGUCCUGUUCUCAAAGAAAUUGCAGCUUCGAGAAACAAGACUGUGCCACAGGUGGCAUUGAGAUGGAUAAUUGAGCAAGGCGUAACUCCAAUAGUGAAGAGCUACAACAAGGAGAUGAUGAAGGCAAAUCUUGAAAUUUUCAACUGGGAACUAAGUGAGGAAGAUAUCUGCAAGAUCCAAACGAUUCCUCAAGCAAAAGCAUUCAAAGGAGAUAGAUUUAUUAUUCAAGAUCAUGGGGAUUACAACAGUGUUGAAGAACCUCUGGGACGGAGAACUUUAACCAAACAUUGAUCUUCUCUAACUCGAACAUAUUCCCAUUCGAGCAAUUCGAUUUUCUUUGUCGUGCACCGAAACUCUUUUUAGCUCAAAAUCAGCUGUGACUUUGGUUGCCUAUACACACUCUCUU